AUGUUAGCAGAUCGUAAAAGAAGAAAAAUAACUGUUUACAAUUCAGAUACUGGAGAAAAAGAAAUAAUAAAUCCUUCAGAAGUAAGAAAAAUACCUGUUCUUUUUAAACAAUCUGCUAAAAUCUAUUAUGAAGCAGGUGAAGAUGGAGAUAUUGGACAUUAUUUUACUGGUAGAGGAACAGAAACAUAUAUACAGAUCAAUGAACGGAAAGAUUGUUUGCUAAUAGCUUAUCAUGAAUCAUUAGGUAAAAAAGUAAAUGAAAAUAUUAUAGGACAAGAACGAGUAUCACUACGCCGUUAUACUGCUAAACAUUCAGAAAAAUAUGUUAGAGGUAGAUGGGAGAUUGAUUUGAAUAGACGUAAUCAGAUGAUAGGUGGUAUAGCAAAGAAAAACCUUUACAUCUUCAAUCCUAUCACUGUAAUGCAGGAUGGUUCUAGAAAAAGAAAUAAAAUAUAAAUUAAUACCUGAAGCUAUGAAAAAAUUAAGGAAUGAAAAUGAUAAACUAGAGGUAAUUACGUCUCAGCCAUUUCAGGCGGGUACAAUAAAGCAAACAGAUACUGUUCGCUUAGAUGAUCAGAAUUUUACUGGAAAUAGUGACUAUGUUAAUUUUCAAGUGCAAAUAGGUGGACAGAGAUAUGAACAUCAACGUAGGGAUGGUGACCGAUCAAUUCGUCGCGAGUCAAUUCGUCGCGUUCAAUUCGUCGCAAUCAAUUAGUCGCACAUCAAUUCGUCGCAAUCUAUUCGUCGCAUCAUUCUCUCAUUACAUAUUUUUUUAUGAUAGUCAACGGGGAACGCCGAUUAUUCGAAUUAGUUAUGUUUAGUAAUUUAAAAAUACUAAGUAACAUGUUUUUCGAGAUAUUAUUCGAUGACUGACAUGUUGGAGACAUAUAUGUAAAACUUGAAACUUGAAUUCAAUUGAGUUUUCAAGUUUCAAGUUUCAACUUUCAAGUUACUACGAAAGGACUGGCCGCAAAAGAACUAGCCGUGAAGGGACUGCUCGUGAAAGGAGUGGCCACAAUACGACACACAUCACAUUGCCGCUGCUGUGGGUGCCGCGAAAGAACUGGCCACAAAAGGACUGACCGCGAAGGAACUGACCGCGAAAGGAGGUGCCACACUUCGACACACAUCACAUCGCACCUGCUGUGGGUGCCGCGAAAGAACUGGCCGCAAAAGGACUGACCGCGAAGGAACUGAUCACGAAAGGAGUGGCCACACUACGACGCACAUCACAUCGCAGCUGCUGUGGGUGCUGCGAAAGGAGUGGCCACACUAUGACACACAUCACAUCGCACUUGCUGUGGGUGCCGUGAAAGGACUGGCCGCAAAAGGACUGACCGCGAAGGGACUGAUCGCGAAAGAAGUGGCCACACUAUGCGCACAUCACAUUGCAGCGGCUGUGGGUGCCGCGAAAGGACUGGC